UAUAAUAAUGCCGUGUGAUAGAAGAUAAUUUAUGUAAAAGUUUCAAUAAACAAUAUUGACAGCGCGAGAAGAAGUGAGGAUUUGUUCCUUUGUUCUUCUCAUUUUCUUUAAACAUUCUCAAAUGUCUGACAACUCGGAUUCAGAAUAUGAUAGCGAGGAUGACGAAGACUACGUACCAGAGGAACCUUCUAGUGAAGAAGAAGCGGACGAUGGUGAUGGCUCUGCGAGCAACAAGAAACAAACAAAAAGCAAAAAGAAAAAGUCUGCGGGAAGGAAAAGAAAAGGCGGAAUUAAAUUAGAAGAUGAGGAAGUCUCUCCUGUUGAGGAAAGUGAAGAUGAUGAUGAAAUACUACCAACAAAGGACCGCUCUAGGGUUGAUGGUGAUUCGAAGAGAGUCGAUGAUCUCUGGGCUGCUUUCAAAGAAGAAACUUCCAGUGUUCGACAGGCUGGGACAUCCUCCAAACUAGAGACAAAAGGAGAACAGGUUAAAAAAGACGACACAAGUACCGAGAAAAUAGUUAAAGUAACUGAGAUCUUUGAUUUUGCUGGCGAGGAAGUAAGAGUUGAGAAAUCAGUUGAUGUAUCAUCUCCAAAAGUGACUACUGAUGAAGUUGGCAAUGUUGGUCAAAGUAGAAAAACACUCCUGCCGUCGAAACGACCUUGCGGUGGACUAAGUAGUGUGCUUGGAAAGAUUGGAAAGAAACCUAAAAUGAGCACUUUGGAAAAAUCAAAACUUGACUGGAAUUCUUUUAAAAAAGAUGAAGGAAUCGAGGAUGAAUUGAAAACUAUCAACAGAGAUGGAUACCUGGAGAAACAAGCGUUCCUCAGUAGAGUUGAUCACAAGCAGUUUGAACUGGAACGUGAUGUACGACAAGGAGUUAGAAAAAGAUAACUGAGAGUAGCAAUUGAUGUCACUAAAUACCUUUUAGAAAGUACCAUCAAUGUGGUUGAUGUGAUUACACAAUAACAGAGACUAGCAAUCGGCUCAAACCUGUAUAAUUGUUACAAUUCGACAUAUGUAUGUGUUAUAAAUUAUUCCAUGACAAAAA